AUGAAAUCUAUUUUUGGCUAUUCGAGAAGAAAAUUAUUAUCUGAUGGCCUGGUUUCAUUGAUAUAUUUCUCACCGAAACGUUCAAAAUCUGUCCUUGUUUGCGGUUUGGCUGCAUCAGGCAGUUUGUACAUAAAUACUUCACCGCCAGAAAUUUCGUCGCCUAGAUUAGCUGAAUUUUUUAAGAGGAAAACAGUGAAACAUAUUGCGGCAGGCUUUGGCUUUUCCGUUUGUUCUUCAAAAAAUUGCAUUUAUGGUGCUGGAAUUAAUAUUUUUGAUAAUUUAAGUAUUAAAAAUCCGGGUUUACAUUGGUUGAAGAGUGAUUGUGGUGGUGUUUUUAAGAUCGAUAUGAAAGAAAAGGUAAUAAGUUUAUCGGCAGGUCGAAGGCAUUUUCUUGUUGCAACCGAAGAUAACGUUUAUUCAUUUGGUGAUAAUACUCAUGGUCAGUGCGGUUUUGAUCCAAAACAAUUACCUUUUUUAUUACCGAAUAAGGACGAAUUAAACGAACCGCUGAGGAUUCCGUCUUCCUCAAAAGUUCAACAAGUACACUGUAGUUUUGAUACAUCUUUUAUAUUACUUAAAUCGGGUGAAAUUUUUUCAUUUGGUUUGGGAACCGAUGGGCAAUUAGGUCGUGGAUUAAUGAAUUAUGAUUGGAAAUGUUUGCCAUUUGGCGAGAAUUUGAAUUUAUCUAGUGAAAAAAUUACAUCGAUAAGCGGUAGCAGUGAUACGUUGAUGGCAGUCUCGAAUGGUGGAAGAUUAUUCAUGUGGGGACAAAACGAAUAUGGGCAGAUGAAAGCAUUUUGUAAUAAAAUGCAGGUGCAUGAACCAUUAGAAAUUAAACUUGAUAUUGGAAAGGUAAUUCAAGCCGCUUCAACAGCAACUUCAUGUAUCGUUUUAUCAUCAACGGGUCAUGUAUAUGUGUGGGGUUUUGGCAUUCUUGGUUUAGGACCUAAUGUGACUUGUAUUCACAAGCCUAUGCUUAUUGAUUCAAAUAUUUUUCGCUGUGGACUUAAUGAUAAUGGAAAAGUGAAAGAUAUUUUUGCCGGCAAUAUAUCAAUGUUUGCAAUAAGUGAUAAUGAUAAUUUAUUUUCAUGGGGUGUUAAUCGUUAUUGUCAUCUUGGUCUCGGUCAUAAAAAGGAUCAGUUCUUUCCUUUUCAAGUCAAUCUUCGUUCCUCUCCUCGUUCUGUUUCAGUUGCACCUGAUCAUACUUUAAUUUUUGUUAAAUAA